GUGGGCGGGGCCAGCCGCGUCAUGACGAUGAUCCCGCGCUUCCAUUGGCUCGUGUCACCCGUGACGUCACGAUCAUGAUUAGAAUUGAUGAUCGGACGUUUUGAUUUCAUUGUCUAGCGAGCGGAUUGGUAAUGAAAUCUGUGAAUUCGAGGGGUUCGUUGAUUUCUCUACAAAAGAUCUGAGGGGUCUGUCCUGGAGCGAGCGGGCCGUGUGUGUUUCUAUCAUCCUCCCAAACACAGCGUAUAAGUGUCACGAUGGCUGGACGCUGUUGUGAAUAGACCUGUGUGCGUCUCUGCUGUAUGUUGAGAUUAAUUGCAGCUCAGCCUGAUUCCUGGGGUCUCUCAGCACAUCCAUCAGAGGGAUGGAAAAAUGGCUGGAAAAGAGGAGCAUUCACACUGUUCUCCUGUCUUGCAGAUGAACCUGCGGUCUGUAUUCAGCGCCGAGCAGCAGCGGAUCCUGGAGCGCUAUUAUGAGUGCGGCAUGAUCAAUCAGAGCAAGAGCUGCUUCCAGCUCAUCCUGCAGUGUGCGCAAGAGACCAAACUCGACUUCAGCGUGGUUAGAACAUGGGUAGGAAACAAGCGUCGGAAGCUGGCAUCCAAGGCGGAUCAGAACGGAGCCGGCGCUCAAGCGCUGUCCCAUCAGCAUGUUUCGUGCGGAUCAGCCGGGGUGCUCAUCGCCGGCUCGGUGCUGUCGACUGAGAUAGCGGCCAUGCGGAGCAUUCAGCGCGGCCCUCCGGUGACCCACCUCCUCCCUCCGCAGGCCUCGUCCUCCUCUUCCUCCUCCUCAUCUUCCUCCCCGCUCAGCGACGUGAUUCUGACGGGCAUUUACGCCAACUGCUUCGAUGCUACCGUUCACAACAGGACAGUGACGAAAUCACUGCCCUCGCACGCAGAAAUGGAGCCGCCCGCCGUGCAGCAGAAAUCCCCCAUCAUCCCCGGCGGCUCCAGCGCGCUCAAGUGCAGCCAGACGCUCAAACCCUUCCCCUCCAGAGACGUCAUCGCCCCCAGCUGGGCCCCGCAGAGCCGAGCCGAGCAGCAUGCGUCAUGGCCUCAGAAAACCGCCGCGGCGCACCGCGCUCCUGCAGGUGCCGGCGCUCAGAUUAAGCAUGUCUUCACUCGGGCCGGAUUAGAGCGGCCUCCAGACGCGGCGAGGAAGACGAGGCCGGUCGAGGCGUCCGAGGUCUUCUCGAUCGCGAUGGAGACGGCCGACGCUGAGGACGAGUACUCCAGAGAAGAGGAGCUGGCCAACAUGGCAGCGCAGAUGCAGUGUGGGAAAGCUUCCUCUUCGUUGACUGUAAGCCCGGGGCUCAACCCCUCUAACUCUGCUCUCUUUGGAGAGAAGGGAUGUCAAACCAGCAGCUCCUUACUGAGCAGAACAUCGUCCCCCGGCAGCUUGCCGCUGAAACUGCUCUCGCAGACGUCUGCCACAAUCCCCUGCCUCAAGGUAACGAGUGACAUGUCGGCUCCCUGGCUUCACAGUAACUCGAGGAAAAGAACGGACAGGACGCAGUUCAGCGACAGAGACGUGUACACGCUGAAGCGCUACUGGGAUAAAGGCAUGACCAGCCUGGGCUCUCUGUGCAAAGAGAAGAUCUCAGCGGCAGCCUGCGAGCUCAGUGUGGACACAGAAAUCAUCAAGACGUGGAUUGGUAACCGCAGAAGGAAGUACCGUUUGAUGGGCAUUGAAAUUCCUCCGCCUAAAGGAGGGCCGGCCAUGUUCCCAAAUCAUUCCCCUCACAUCCUUGAAGACGAGCGUCAGACUCCAGAGCUAGGAGAGGCCAGCGAACACAACGACCUCAUGUCACUCUGUUUGUCUGACGAUGGAGCCAGUGAUUUAUAUUUGAAAGAAAAUGAUGAUGUAAAUGAUGAAUCAGAUGGUUCCACCCCUGCUAAACAUGUGAAGAUUGAAAUCGUUGACGAAGAAGAAGAUGAUGAUGAUGGUGACAUGUUGACCACUGAGAUGGAACAGAUGCAAAACCUCUUAGAGUUCAGGGUAAGCAGAGAGUCAAGAGCUGCAUAA